AUGAAUUAAGUCAAUUAAAAUAUGGAUAUUCAAUUAAAUCAUUACAAGAAAGAUCCAGAAUUAUAGGAAAUACCAAACAAAAAAAUUCAUAAUUUGCCUCAGUGUUAGGGCGAAGAUAAUAAUGAUUUUAAUUAUGAAGAAUAACAAAUUGAGGAUGUUGAGAAUGAAAGCCAAUAAAAAAUAGAAAAGGCUUAUGAGGUAAUUACUAAAAUGAAUAGUGUCAUAGAAAAUGAAGAUAUUUAUAAAAACCCUGCGAAAGCUAUUUAAAGCAUUGAUUGUUUAAAUCAAGAACAAUAGGAUUAUUUGAUUUAAACUGUUAAGAAUCUAGAUGAUAUGAUGAUUGAGUUACAUAAUGCGAUAAUUAAAUAUGGAAUGUAAGAAAAUGUGGUGUCUUAGCUAAGAAAGAGUUUGCAAACAGGAAAUGUUCUUUUGUAUUAGCUAAGAUCAAUAAUUUCUGCUUAUUUGCAAAGACCAAAUAUAUUAGAAUAAUAAGUUCCUGUUGAAAGAUUAGGGGAAAAGCAGAAUCUAGUUGAAAAUGUAAAUAAGCCAAAUGAAGAAAAUAAAGAAGAGUAAAAAGAAAUAAAUAUAACUGAAAAAUAAGAAGAUAAAACAAUUGAUGAUUAGUUUUUAGUCAAUAUUAAAAAUAGAGAUUAAAUAAAUAUUAUAACUUUAUAAGUAGGGGCAAAGGUUUUAAACACAUAUUUUGAAGAGAUAAAAAAUAUUUGCAUCUCUAUUUAAGCUCCUAAACUCAAAAAAAAAUUGCAAAGCUAUAUUAAUGACCAUAAGAUAGUUUAAGCCAAACUAAACACAAUUACAGAAUUCCUUCCGUAUGCAGUUAUUUUUGAUAAAAAUGAUAUUUUUGCUCUCGAUUAAGAGAAUCACUACAUAUGGAAAAUAUUAAAGUAGCACAUUGAAUAUGUGUAACUUGCUCCAUAGGAGGAAUUACAAAAACAAUUCAAAGCAAUUGUGAAAGCAGUACUAUUAGGAAAUGCUAUGGCAGCCAAGGGUGCAGAGAGAAAAUCUAAACUAGGUUAAUGGUUUUAAAGAAAUCUAAGUGCUGUUUAUUAUCUUUGUUGUCCUUAAACUUCUUAGAGAAAGGCACACAUCUUCUUCUCAAAUCCUGAUUAGUAAACAGCAAUUAGUGUUUGGAAUAUGAUGGAAAAGAGUGUAGUUUACUAAGCUUUAAAAAUCGUCCUCCCUUCAAUAAAAUACAAUAAAAAAAUAUACAUUGAAAGAGAUAACCUAAGAUACACAAAAGAACUCAUUUUAGAAGAAAUGAAGAAUCAAACUUUAAAUUCCCUUUUUAAUCCCUUUGCUGACAAAAAAAUUGUAGAUAGUUCAUGCCAAUAAAAUUAGGACUCCUAUUAUGACUAGUUAUUUAAAAAAGAUUUAGUUAAUAAAGUCAAAGUUAGAAUUCUAUCCUCCAAAAAGCUAGUUAGACCUCCACCAAAAGAAGAUAAAAAAUAUAAAGAUAUAAAGUGGCACGAGAAACUAGUUAUUCACAUUCACGGAGGUGGUUUUGUGGCUAUGGGAACUCGUUCUCAUUAGAUUUAUUCAAGAAAAUGGGUAAAUUUUUUAGGUGUUCCUAUUUUUUCUAUUGAUUAUUCCAAAGCUCCUGAACACCCUUAUCCUGAAGGCUUAGAUGACUGCUUUUAAGCUUAUUAAUGGAUAGUAAAUAACGUCUCUAAAUAUUUCAACAUCAUUCCAAACAAAAUAAUUGUUGUUGGAGACUCAGCUGGUGGUAAUCUGACAAUAGCACUCACUUAACUAUGUAUUAAGUAUAAUGUAAGAAUUCCAGAUGGAAUUGUUCCAAUUUAUCCAGCACUCAGCUUAAAUUUAAAGAAGUUCACUCCAAGCUAUUUGAUUUCUUUGGAUGAUCAAAUUCUUCCUCAUAUGUUCCUUAAAAUGUGUUUACAAGCUUAUGUCAAUAAAGAUGAUGGAUUUGAUGCAUCUACUGAUCCUUUUCUAUCUCCUACUUGUGUUUCUGACGAAAUAAUUAAAAAAUUCCCACCAGUGAGAUUGUAAAUUGGAAACAAAGAUCCUCUUCACGACGAAAGCUAUAGAUUUUUGCAUAAAUUAAUAAAUAAUGGAAAAGAUGUAAAGAUGAUAGUUUAUUUAGAUAUGCCUCAUGGGUAUUUGAAUUAUGAUGCUCCCGGAGGUAUGAAAUAUGCUAAAAAAUGUGUAGACGACGCAGCUAAUGCCUUAGAAGAGUUUUUGAAAAAAUGA